UGCAGCCUGUUGCUGCUGUUGUUUGUGAGUACACACACUUUUUUAGUGUAGAAAACUAGCAGACCUACAAGCAGGACAGCAGCCACCAUGAGAGAGUUCAAGAGCAAGGAUUUCUGGAGGGCUGUGCUGGCCGAACUGGUUGGCAUGACCCUUUUCAUUUUUCUGAGCAUCUCCACUGCCAUCGGGAACACGAAUAAUAGCAACCCAGACCAGGAGGUGAAAGUGUCGCUGGCCUUUGGACUGGCUAUUGCCACACUGGCCCAAAGUUUAGGCCACAUCAGUGGAGCCCACCUGAAUCCUGCAGUUACCCUCGGGAUGCUUGCCAGCUGCCAGAUCAGCGUCUUCAAGGCCGUCAUGUACAUUGUGGCCCAGAUGCUGGGUUCAUCCCUGGCUGCUGGCAUUGUUUAUGGAGUACGUCCCAGUACCACCGGCGCACUGGGGCUCAACGCUCUCAACAAUAUCACUCCCAGCCAAGGCGUGGGUAUAGAGCUCUUGGCAACCUUCCAGCUGGUGCUGUGUGUCAUUGCAGUCACUGAUAAAAGGCGGCGUGAUGUCACCGGCUCAGCUCCUUUGGCCAUUGGCCUCUCGGUGUGCCUGGGACAUUUGGCAGCGAUCAGCUACACAGGCUGCGGCAUCAACCCCGCUCGCUCCUUUGGCCCGGCUUUGAUCCUGAACGAUUUCACAAACCAGUGGGUGUACUGGGUGGGUCCGAUGUGCGGCGGCGUGGCGGCGGCGCUCAUCUACGACUUCCUGCUGUACCCCAAGUUCGAUGAGUUCCCCGGGCGCAUGAAGGUCCUGGUCAGCGGCCCGACUGGAGACUACGACGUCAACGGAGGCAACGACAGCACGACCGUGGAAAUGACGUCCAAGUAGUGCCACGAAAAUCACAAGCACUCAAUGUAAAGUCUAUACUCCUGUACAAAAAAACAAAAGCUAUUGAAUUUAGUGUAGGGUGUUAUUUUUUGUGCCUUUUUUUUUUUUUUUUUGAAGUACCAAUGAAGAAUUAUGGUCGACGGGUCACUAAACGUCACUUUGUAACUCACACCUUUGUUUGACCCAGCACCAACUCAUUAUCUGCCACUAAAGCGUGUAAGAAGGGAUCGACGGAGCAGUGGACUGAAUUCAUUAUUUCCAAUAUCAGUAUUUUAUGUCGAGCCAUUUGUAAACAUAUUUCCAUGUACCUGUAUCACUUCCUAUUUCUGAUGCAUAAUGUAUUGUUUGAAUGUGUGCACUCUUGAAAUGUCUCACUUUUUUAAGUAAAAUAAAACACUUAAUGUUA